AUGUGUGCAGUUAACUGGACGGAACCGUCUGGAGACAGGGGGAAUAUCACAGGAUAUUGGGUUGCCAUCAGUGCCACGAGGUUAGGUGAAGACUUUGCAACAGAUACUCCGGCAGAGCCUGUCAUCACAUCGAACUUAAGUUGGGCAGAGUCCUUAGCCCGUCUUCCCGCCUACUCAUUGGUCCACGUCACAGUUCGGGCGAUAACCUGUUCAGAGGGAGAAGCGAGUGAAGAGAUAAACUGCACAGUUACAAGAAGAGAGCCACCAAAUGCGAUUCCAAACGUGACUGUUGAUCAGGAUUUGUCUGAAACGUCCAGUUCAUUCGGGCUCAUUUUACCCAACAUAAGCCAGAGAAACGGGCCAAUAAGCUGCUAUCAAGUCAUCAUAGUACCAAUGCGGAAGGAUGAAACACUUGAUGAGCUGACUGUAAGGGUUGGACAGCCACAAGACAUUCUGACAGAUUCUGCACCAGAGGACGGGAAGACAGAGCCGUACAUCGCACUCGCCUACUCAGGUUCCAGCUACGAAGAACGAACCGUGACCAUAGGGACCAGUGAGUCUUGCACAGACCCUUGUUGCCAUGUCGGGGCAGUAGAAGGUGCACCUGAGCCAGGUAACAGGAAACUGUCACCAGGGUCCGCUUACACUGCAACUGUCCGAGCGUACGUGGACCCUGGUGAUCCAGAAGACUCGCGUCAAAGAUCAGCUUCACAGGUACAUAUGACAAUUCUGGAAGGAACGUUACCUUACGCCAUCAUCGUUGUUGCUGUGGUUGUCGUAGUCGUCACCAGUUUUGCAGCUGGAGCAGGCUUUAUGUUCUACAGACGAAAAUAUAUGAAGACUAAGAAGGAAGCCCCGAGAAAAGCAAAAGAUGUCCCUCUCAGUGACAUAACAAGUGAUCAGGAGUCGAACAUCGGAGGAACCGAUAACGAAGCAUUUUCCAUAAGCGAACCCAGCUCAAAGUGUUAUCACCGAUUUUCUGAAAUCAGGACUGUGGAUGACGUGACAAAAUAUCUGAAAGAGAACAAUUUUGGAGAGUACGCCGAAUCGUUCAAAGACCACGAUGUGGACGGGGAUGCCCUGAAGUACCUCGAUGACGCCAUACUGAAGGACCUCAUUCCAAAGGCUGGACCACGAGCAAGGUUUAAAGGCAUACUGGUGGAAAUGAAGCAAGACAAUGAGUCUCCAGUUGCAGCCCUGAAUUUCUGGGAGAUCCAGAGGACAAGCUUGAAGCUCGGCAAACGUCUCGGCAGCGGCCAGUUCGGGGAGGUGCGACUGGGAGAACUGCGUAACCGAGGACUGACAACCAUCGUAGCUGUUAAAACCUUGAGAGACUCGGCGUCAGAGUCUGACAAGAAAGACCUGCUGGGUGAGCUGGAGAUCCUGGUGACUGUUGGUCGUCAUGACAACAUCAUCUCUCUUGUUGGAGCAUGCACCAAAGGUGGACCGUUGAUGAUAGUGGUUGAGUACGCCCCUAACGGUUGUCUGAAAGACUGGCUGAAGACCAACUCUGCUGAGAACAGCACAGAUCUAGCCUACCAAAACCAGCCUGUGAACACUUCUCAUCUGUCCAUGGAACAACUCAUCCAGUUCGGUGUCGAUGUGGCCAGUGGAAUGAGCCAUCUUGCUACCAUGCAGUGUGUCCAUCGGGACUUGGCAGCCAGAAACAUCCUCCUUGGAGAAAAUCUCAUCGCUAAGGUGUCAGACUUUGGCCUGUCACGUGACAUCUAUGAGGACAGUGAGUACGUCAAGAGCACAAAGAGCAAGCUCCCUUUGCGGUGGAUGGCCUAUGAGUCACUGUUCUAUAACGUGUACACAACUCAGAGUGACGUCUGGUCGUUCGGAGUCCUUCUUUGGGAGAUCAUGGCAAUGGGCAAUCUACCGUAUAAGGGUAUGAAGGGCAAACGUAUGAUGGACAUGAUCAGAGACGGCGGCCGGCUGGAGAAGCCAAGCAGCUGCCCAGAGGAAAUCUACACCCUGAUGAAAAGUUGCUGGGAGACGCUUCCAGAAGACAGACCGACUUUUCCUGAACUGAGAUCAAGUCUCAUCGGGAUUACGCAAGGCUACAAGACGUAUGCCUCACUUCUGAAGUAGCCGGACGUUGAGAGCCAUUUGAAACUUUGAAUGAAACAUUUCUGAGUAUAAUAUAUUGACGACCCAUCGUGAAUCCAUGUAGACCGAUAAAGAUUGCAUUUGGACCUUUUCGUGGUGAUAAAAUGAACAUUAACUAGAAUCGUUUUCGCUCAUAAUAGUCCAUAGAUUAAU